AUCCUUUUAUCUCUUCAUCUUUCUUCUAUUGGAUAUUGCUGAAUUUCAACUAAGUCCAAGAUGUUCUGAACUUGAAAAUCAAGCUUUUCUUCCAUGUUUAGUUGAUCUAACUUUAUCAUGUGUACUAUGAGGCUUUACUUCUGCGAUUGUUGCUGUUUGUACUGGGAGAUGCUUUGUUUUAAUCAUCUAUUCGCCUUUAUUGCAAAAUUGUUCUUCAUUGGGGAAAUAUUUAGUCGUUUUCCAUUGGAUAGGAGAAAAUUUGUCAGUGUAAACUAGAGUUUCAAGAUCCUGUGGCUUGAAAAAUAUAGCUUAAAUCAUGGUUUCAUUUGUACUAUCCGUAUGAAGUAAUGCUGAAGUUCUUUCUUGUCUGCCCAUCAGGUGUUUGAUCACAACUAAGCAGUGUAUGAAACAAUAUGAAGUUCGUUUAUCUCUGUUCUGAUACUAUAUCAAACCACUGUUAGAUAACAACUUUUGAGAUGUUUAGACCAACUAUAGUUUGUUUAGAUCUUAUAGUUUGAUUCAUGGACUUCUAUGGUUCUUUCAUCUCGGAAUUUUUAAACGCUAGGUUUUAUUUUGGAAUAGAGACCAAUCUCGAUUCGCUGUAAUAGAGAGUAGGAGACAAACAGACUGAAUCUUGACUACCGAGUGGAAAGCAUGGCAGCUCCAGCAACAGCAGAUAUAUGUGAUGCAAAUGCAGCACAUGUCAUAAGCGGAGAUCUCCGAGUACUACAACAAAAAUUCAAAAUUUACGGGCAACGACGAGCGUUCUCAGGACCGAUAGUGACAGUGAAGGUGUUUGAAGACAAUGUUCUGGUAAGACAACUUCUUGAAAGCCAAGGUGAGGGGAGGGUUCUGGUGAUUGAUGGGAAUGGAAGCAGGAGAUGUGCAUUGUUGGGAGGCAAUCUUGGGCAGGUGGCUCAAAGCAUGGGGUGGGCUGGUGUUGUUGUAAAUGGUUGCAUAAGAGAUGUUGAUGAGAUCAAUAACUGUGAUGUUGGCGUGAGAGCAUUGGGGACUAAUCCAUUGAAGUCGAACAAGAAAGGGUUGGGAGAGAAGCAUGUGCCUGUUCAUAUUGGUGGGACUUUGAUUCAUGAAGGAGAGUGGCUGUAUGCAGAUAGUGAUGGCAUUUUGGUGUCCAAAUUUGAGUUGUCUGUUGAAUAAAUAGGUGAUUCAUAGCACCAUUUCUUGUUUUUUAAGCUUCUUCCAAAGUGUAUUGGAUUGAGUCAUGAGAAGAACUCUUUCAUAGUUUGUUUCCCAAUGUAAUAUUCAAUGUAGCUUUCUAUUCCGAGGUCGUUCGAAAUUAACGUUCUGAUUUGAUUACGAUUUUGUCUUCGUUUUUCGUUUUUAGGUCGUUAAAAAACAUGCUUGUAAGAGGAAAUCAUUACUCACAUUUGAGAUAAUUUGUC